AUGGCUCUAAUGGAAGAUAAAAAUGCAAGUAUCAUACGAGGACAGAUGGUACCUGCACCAUAUGGGAUGCCAUCAUCCACACUGCAUGGUGUCCUCGAAUACAAAGCAAAAAUGGAAGAUGCAGACAAGACAGCAGUAAUAUACAGAAGUAGUAAAUUGAUUUUCUCUCAGCUAAAUAAGAAAUCUAAUGCAAUGGCACUUGUUAUUAGGAAUACGAUGAAGACAUUCAAAUGUAAUACUUCAUCAACUAUUGGCCUGCAUUUGCAUCCAAGUGAUGAUGUAAUCAUAUUGAUAUUUGCUAUUCUCAAAUUAGGUUUUUCAUAUCUCCCACUUGACCCAAGUUAUCCCCUAUUACGCCUCCGACAUAUGAUUGGUGAUGCAAAUCCAGUAUGUGUUAUAACUGAAUCAAGCAAGACUGGGUUACAGUUCACACCAAACGAAGUCUGCUCUCCGACUUACCUUUUAUUAGUUGAUCUUCAAAAAAGAAUGGUGGAAUUUGAUGAUAACGUUCCAACAGAAACAGACCAAUGUCAAGCUAAUAACACCGAUGCAGCUGCAUGUGUAUUAUAUACUUCUGGUUCCACUGGGGUUCCAAAAGGUGUCAUUAAGUCUCAUAGAAAUAUACUAAGCCGUUGUAGGGCACUUUGGGAUUCUUUCACUUUCAGCAAAACGGAAGUUGUUUGUUGGAUAGCAUCACUAAACUUUGUAGAUUCAACAACACAAUUAUUUGGAUUCCUCCUGAAAGGACUCCCAGUAGUUGUUGCUGACAGAAGCACAGUUGUAAAUUCAGAACUGUUCAUUCAGUUUCUAAAUAUACAUGCAAUAACAUGGAUCCUUUUAGUUCCAACUCAACUAAAAACCAUGUUGAAUGUAUUGCGAGUGAAGUCAGCUGACGGAAAACAGAUUUUAAAAUCACACAUUCGCUGUGACAGGGGAAGAGUUGACUAA